AUGCAGGCGUGCGGGGGCACCGCGGCGGGUCGCCGGGCCUUCGACAGCAUUUGCCCCAAUAGGAUGCUGGAUCCGCGAGGCCGGCCGUUCGGCAAGCCCGGGAAGCUGGAGAGGAAGUUCGUCCCUGGGCGGAAGUUCUUUCUCGGUAGCAGCGGCAGCAGCCCGGUGUCGGUGUACGAGGAUCCCCCAGACGCCGAUCCCGCUGCGCUACCAGCCCUCACCACCAUAGACCUGCAGGACCUCGCUGACUGCUCCUCGUUACUCGGGUCCGACGCGCCGCCUAGUGGUAAUUCGGCCGCCUCACAGAACCACUCCCUGCAAACGGCAGCGGACUUCGAUCUGCAGGAUUUCAGAGACACCGUGGAUGAUCUCAUUGCAGACUCAUCCUCUUUGAUGUCGCCUCCCCUGGCGGGCGGAGACUUCCCCUUCUCUCCUUGCGACGUACUGCCGUUUGGUCCCUGUCUGUCCCCACAAGCCUUGCAGUCACCGCCGCUGCGCCCUCCCGACGUGCCCCCGCCAGAGCAGUACUGGAAGGAGGUGGCCGACCAGAACCAGAGGGCGUUGGGGGACGCACUCGUGGAGAAUAACCAACUGCACGUGACGUUGACCCAGAAACAGGAGGAGAUCGCCUCACUGAAGGAGCGGAACGUGCAACUGAAGGAACUCGCCAGUCGGACACGGCACCUGGCCUCGGUGCUGGAUAAGCUGAUGAUCACACAGUCCCGGGAUUGUGGGGCGGCAGCCGAGCCCAUCCUGCUCAAGGCGACUUCCAAAAGGAGCCUGGAGGAGUUGUUCAGCGCUGCGGGGCAGGAUUGCGCGGAAGUGGACGCCAUCCUGAGGGAGAUUUCCGAGCGCUGCGACGAAGCGCUGCAGAGCCGCGAUCCCAAGCGGCUCCGGCUGCAGCCCGAGCCCCCGAGCACGGACGGCAGGCCCGGGAACCUGCACGGCGCCUUCCGGGGGCUGCACACAGACUGCAGCCGGAGCGCGCUGAACCUGAGCCACAGUGAGCUGGAGGAGGGCGGCUCCUUCAGCACCUCCAUCCGCAGCCACAGCACCAUCCGUACCCUCGCUUUCCCCCAGGGCAAUGCCUUCACCAUCCGGACAGCCAACGGGGGUUACAAAUUCCGCUGGGUCCCCAGUUGA